GAGGCUGGAAGAAAGCUGAGCUUUAAAGGCAAAGGAGCAGGCGGUUCUGCAGUGACAUCAUGGGCUCCGCCAGAUUAUAAAUGCAGUAUGGACGCCUUCACAGACCCUUUUCUGAGCUCAAAGUAGACCAGACGCUGUUGAAGAGAUCAUGGCACCAGCUGGAGCAAAAAGAAACAUAUUGGAGCGCUUGGAUGCAGGAGAAAUUGUCAUUGGGGACGGAGGCUUCGUCUUUGCUCUGGAGAAGAGAGGCUAUGUGAAAGCAGGACCGUGGACCCCCGAGGCUGCAGCUGAACACCCUGAUGCAGUGCGCCAGCUGCACAGGGAGUUCCUGAGAGCCGGGUCCAAUGUCAUGCAGACCUUCACUUUCUACGCCAGUGACGACAAACUGGAGAACAGGGGCCAUACUCAGCGCUUUACUGGGCAGCAGAUCAAUGAGGCAGCUUGUGACCUGGCCAGGGAGGUGGCCGAUGAAGGCGAUGCUCUGGUGGCUGGAGGGGUGUCUCAGACUCCUUCUUUCCUCAGCUGUAAGAGUGAGGAGGACGUCAAGGCCAUCUUCAAGAAACAGACUGACAUCUACAUCCAGAGAAACGUUGACUUCUUGAUCGCAGAGUACUUUGAACAUGUGGAAGAGGCUGAGUGGGCGGUCCAGGUUUUGAAGACUUCUGGGAAGCCUGUGGCUGCCUCGUUGUGUAUCGGACCUGAGGGAGACCUGAGUGGAGUCCGUCCUGGAGACUGUGCUGUCAGACUGGUUAAAGCUGGUGCUGACAUUGUUGGAGUUAACUGCCACUUUGACCCGGAGACCUGUGUGAAGACUGUGAAGCUGAUGAAGGAGGGAGUGGAGAAGGCGGGCUUGAAGGCUCACUACAUGAGCCAACCCCUGGCCUAUCACACCCCCGACUGCAACCGACAGGGAUUCAUCGACCUUCCAGAGUUCCCUUUCGGUCUGGAGCCCAGGAUUCUGACCCGAUGGGACAUGCAGAAAUACGCCCGGGAUGCAUACAAUGCCGGGAUUCGGUACAUUGGUGGCUGCUGUGGAUUUGAACCAUAUCACAUCCGUGCUUUAUCUGAGGAGCUGGCCACUGAACGGGGCUUCCUGCCUGCAGGCUCAGAGAAGCACGGCAGCUGGGGGAGCGGCUUGAUGAUGCACACAAAGCCUUGGGUCAGAGCCAGAGCUCGUCGUGAAUACUGGGAGAAGCUGAGGCCUGCUUCUGGACGUCCACUCUGUCCUUCUAUGUCCACACCUGAUAGCUGGGGUGUCACCAAAGGCCACGCUGACCUGAUGCAGCAAAAGGAGGCCACCUCCAAGGAGCAGCUGGAGGCUCUUUUUGAAAAGACCAGACAAGGUUGCUGACCCUCCCACCCCCAAUCAGAGCGCUGAAUAACAGGAGAAACAAAGGGGUGCCAUUGCCUGAGGUUUAAAAACAAAAACAAACAAAAAAAUAAAAGGUCAUUUUGUCUUUCCAGGACUAUUUUUACUCAAAGCUGUGUUUCCAGAUUCAUAUUCCUGUCAAACCUGUGCCCUGACACUUACCAAGUGCCUGAUGUGCUGUGAAACAGUGCAUGACACAAUAAAACAAACAAAACAUUCAA